AUGGCUCACAGGGCUGUAAGACCCAAGGGCCUAUCACAGGACGCCCCACGGAAUAUAAUAUGUCGGGUCCAUCAUUACUCCGAAAAAGAAAAUAUCAUGAGGCAUGCGAGGGACUCUGUAGCACUUAUGUAUAACACCACCAAACUUCAACUGCUUCCCAACCUUCCCUGGAUGACACUACGUGGCAGAAGGGCCUUGAGACCCCUAACCCAAGCAUUGCAACAAGAAGGCAUAAAAUACCAAUGGGGCUACCCGUUCUCCCUCAUUGCCAGUCACCAAGGCACACAAGCUACAGUCACUACAAUAGCCAACCUAAAAGGAAUUUACCUCAUACCUUACCAGACAGCACCAAACUGGCAGAUGAACACCAAGACACGAGGUGAGAUCAACGCCCACAGGCCCGAGUAUUCUCCGGUUCUGCAGCACCCAUUCCAGCCCUGGCCACGACAACUCACCCAUGACCAGGGGGAGCUAACAACCCAUAUCCAUCAAGGUACCCGACCCGGGCACAUAUCCGAUGUUACACCUGCAACCAGAUGGGGCAUAUGCAGCGGGAGUGCCCCCAGAACAGACCCCAGCCAACCUGGCACAACCAAGGACAACCUCCUAG